ACCCCUUCCAAAGGGGUAGCGGCGAGGUUUCAAGACGGGCAUUUUGAGAGGGGACAGGAUUAUCCUGGCUUGGGUUCCAUGAGACGAUACCGUUCCUCUCCGUCCCCCGAACGGGUAGGGUUCCUUUCCCAGGCGUAAAGAUGGUAUUGCCGCGCCUAACACCUCACUUCCGGAGCGGCCAUUUUGGAUCUCGGUCGCUGACUGGCUGCUCGGGCAGGGGGCGGGAUCAAGACCGGAUCUGCUUGUGACAUCGGUUUAGGGGUAGCUUGUGGGGCGCUGGAGUGAAGCCGCCGCCGUCCGGUGAUCAUAGCGCCCGCCCUCGCCAUGUCGGACUUUGACAGUAACCCCUUCGCGGACCCGGACCUCAACAACCCCUUCAAGGAUCCUUCGGUUACACAAGUGACAAGAAAUGUUCCACCGGGAUUAGACGAGUACAAUCCUUUCUCAGAUUCCAGAACACCUCCACCAGGAAAUGUGAAAAUGCCUAAUACACCUGUGCCCAGUACACAGCCAGCUAUAAUGAAACCAACAGAGGAACCUCCUGCUUACACACAAGUAGCAAAGGAGCAUGCAUUGGCCCAGGCUGAGCUACUUAAGCGCCAAGAAGAACUAGAAAGAAAAGCAGCAGAACUAGAUCGCAGAGAAAGGGAAAUGCAGAAUCUCAAUCGACAGGGUGGCAGGAAAAAUAAUUGGCCGCCUCUGCCUGGGAAUUUUCCAGUGGGUCCUUGUUUCUACCAGGAUUUUUCUGUAGACAUUCCUGUAGAAUUCCAGAAGACAGUAAAGAUUAUGUACUACUUGUGGAUGUUCCAUGCAGUGACACUGUUUCUAAAUAUCUUUGGAUGUUUGGCCUGGUUUUGUGUUGAUCCUGCACGAGGGGUUGAUUUUGGAUUGAGUAUCCUCUGGUUCUUGCUUUUUACUCCUUGUUCAUUUGUCUGCUGGUACAGACCACUUUAUGGAGCCUUCAGGAGUGACAGUUCUUUCAGAUUCUUUGUGUUCUUCUUUGUGUAUAUCUGUCAAUUUGCUGUACAUGUACUCCAGGCUGCGGGAUUUCAAGGAUGGGGUAACUGUGGAUGGAUUUCAUCUCUGACUGGGCUUAACGAGAGUAUUCCUGUUGGCAUUAUGAUGAUAAUCAUAACAGCACUUUUCACAGCAUCUGCUGUCAUCUCACUAGUUAUGUUUAAAAAGGUGCACGGCUUAUACCGCACAACCGGUGCUAGUUUUGAGAAAGCUCAGCAAGAGUUUGCAACUGGUGUGAUGUCCAACAAAACUGUACAAACAGCUGCAGCAAAUGCAGCAUCUACAGCAGCAACUAGUGCAGCUCAAAAUGCUUUCAAGGGUAACCAAAUUUAGUGAAAUACAAAAAUCACUACAGUUCUCUUUGACUAUACUUUAUUUUCCAUCUUAUUAAUUCUAUUCCUAAAGACUUGCGUUCAAAAUACACACAGCAUGUAUGUCUCUCCUUCAGCUGUGCAUGGGCUAAAACAGGAAAAAAAUUCUUGUUUUAUUCCUUUAUACAUUUAUUUAUCAAAACAAAAAAACCCACAGCCAACCUUCUUUGCCCUCUUUAAAAAGUUAAGUACACUCUAGAUAUAUAAUUCUCCAUAUUUUCUGGAGGAGCAAUAUUUUGGUGGAAACUUCAGCAAUGGAUCUGAAAUUGAUAUGGUACUUUCUGUGAUCAGUUAAAUGUAUUUACAGGGGUUUUUUUAGUAUUUCACUCUGGAAUCUUUUUUUGUUUUAACUUAAGGAAAGCACUUUGGAGCAGUUAUUUUUGUUCCUGAGAGCCUGUUUCCCUGUUUCUACUGUAAGAAGUAGACUGAUAGUUUGAGACUUAGAUUUGGCUACUGCUGUGGCAGUUUAAGCAGCUGAUGGACAGAUACAAGUAUGGUAGAUAAUGUAAAUUUUUUUUUAGGGCAGUAGGUUUUUUUUAUAUAAAUCUACAAGUUUGCAUGAAUAUUGUUGAGAUAUUUGGCCAUGCUGAAUUAGUGUUUUGGUCCAGGAUUUAUCUGUACCACUUAUGAUUAUAGUGUUGGUUUGUAUCCGUUUUCAUGGCAUACUUUCUUCUAAAUCAGAAAUGGCUAUUGCAUAGACAUUCUCGCUGCCAGAAUGUGUAAUGCCAUGUACAGUUAAGAGAAGUUAACUGAUGGUUUUGAUCAAAGAGCUAAAUGAUUAUAUUUGUUGUUUUUAAUUUCAGUUUUAUGUCUGAAAAACACAUUCUGUUAUCGGAAAAAUUAUCAACCUUUAGAAUAGUUCCAUAACCAGCUGUUUGCCCCCUUUUAAAUGCAGUGAAAUUUUUGUGGGGGGUGUGUGUGUGGGAGGGAUUGUUGGAUUUUUCUUUUUUUUCCAAUGUCAGUUAGUGUUUACCAGUGGUACUAAAUCUAUAGCUUGGUCAGUCACUCUAUUUACUGCUUGUCCAAAAAUCUGAAUUUUUUUACAGGAAUAUUUUCUCUAAUCAAACUUUUUAAACUGUGGCACACAUACUUGAAUUCUUUUUAACGCACCUCAGCCUUCAUGUGUGAUUUGAUUCAAGCUGAAUAAUGAAAGAUUCUUAACUAUUUUGAGUUGGAAAAGUGAAAUAUUUUUUAUUUCCAUUAAGAGAGAAUACAAUUAAAUACAUUCACAUUGUUGAAAUGAAGGUCUUUCUAAUAGAUUAAACUGAUGCUGUGAUGCACCGUGAUUCAUGCUGGAACUUAGCAUAGUAAUUUUCCAAAUCCUAAUCAGCUCUUGCUUCAAAAUCAUGUUGCUGUCUAUUUAAGGCCAUUUGAAAUUCCUAGGUAGGUUGGUUGGUUGAAUGAUAGUAUAUGUAGCACUUUGGACUAAGUUUAAAAUCGUAAAAUGCCAGUUUCAGAAAGUGAGAUCACUAAGGACCUGAUCCCCAAAUCUUACCUAAAUGCUUUCACUGAAAUCAGUGUGACUGCUCAUAUGAAUAAGGGUUUGCAAGAUUGAACCUUAAAAUUAUAAAGGCCUAGUGUAUACUAGGACAUUUGGUUGGUAUAACUGUUGCUCGGGUGUGAAAAAUCCACAUCCUUGAGUGAUGCAGUGAAACGGACCUAAUUUCCUAGUAUAGACAGUGCUAGGUCAAUGGGUGAAUUCUCCUGUCAACCUAGCUACUACCUUUUGGAGAGAUGGAGUGCCUAUGCUGACAGGAGAACCUCUCCUGAAGCAGUGCAGCUGCAGCAUUUUGAGUGUAGACAAGCCCAGAGAGGGCCUCAUGUCCUGAAUGUGGCUUGGGUUUGAUAGAGGAAUUCUUCUCACUUCAAUUUAUGGAUAUUGUAAAAUAAGACCAUUUUUAAAAAUACCCGUUGUCAACUUAAUACCUUGAGCAGCGUAGCACUUGCAUACGUAAGUCCCUGUAAAUAAAUUACAAGUACAACUUAAAUUUGUAAUUUAACUUCUCGAAAUCCCAUUUUAGUAGUAAAGAUAAAUAUGGUAAAAACAUAUUAUAUGAUGAUCUAUACUGAAGUUGUUGUUCAUAAUUAUAUUGUCUCCAGAUAGAAUUCUCUUCACUAUGAAGUAAACAAUGCAAUUGAAAUAACAGUAACAGGGACAUUCUAAAGCUUUUCCCCAGCACUUUUUGAAAGUCAGUAGAGGAGGUUUAAUUUUUUUAAAAAUUUGUUUGAUCUUUAAUGUUCCAUUUGAACUUUUAUUUUACAGUUUGCGUUGUGAUCUGCUAACACGUUUCAGGCCUCUCUAGAUCCAAGUCCUACUUUAGUGAGUCGUCUUAACCAAAUAUAAAAAUUGUACCAAGGACUUCCUUUAAGGGUGGAUCUUUAGCCUGAAUUAAGCUUUUUUCUUUUUCUCAUGGGGUAUGAGGGACACCAUCCUCACAGUUAAAUUUAUUGUCUUACUGUAGAAUAGUAGAUUACCAGCAUGUGAUAUUAUUAAAAAGCAACUUGAAACUGACAGGCAUGUGCCUAGUUACAUUCUUACAGAAUAUAAUACAUAUGGUUGUUUCAUUUUUACCAUGUUUACCUCUGCACUCAAAAAUGCAUGAUGGUACAAAAUUAAUAUAUAUGAAUAUUUGAUCCAAAGGAAAAAUAUUCUCAUUUUAGAUUUGAGAACUGAAGGCUGAUGUUCGUUAAAAUAUUUUUACUUAACAGGUAUUGGUCUAUCAGUUAACACAAUAUGCACCCCACUUAAUUUGUCAUUUUGUUGUAUUGUGGCAAAUUUGGUUGAAAGUAUGAAGUUUAAACACUGGAAUAUCAAUAGUCAGUGAUCUGUAAUUUAGGAUUUGGAUUUAUUUAUCCGAGGGAUGUUUGUAUAUUUUGUAAAUUACUAACAAUGCUCUGCCAUCCUAGUGAAUGUCAUGGUUCUGUAGAAACACACUCAUUCUGUCCCACUGCUGUUGCAUGUCUGAGUAGUUCACAAGUUUUGUAUAUUUAUUGUAUUAACACAAGGUUAUAGAAUAAAAAUACUGUUUGCUCAGAAUAGUUUUAAACAUAGGGAUUUUUUUUAAAGGUCAGGUAAACAUGCAGGAAGGCUGCUCUGUAUAAAAAUGUCACUUGGUUUUUACAAUCUGUAUAUAAAUUCUGUAAUCUGCUGAAAUGGGAAAGUAAGCUGUCCACUAUCAGAAUAACAAAUUAGUCUGACUAGACUUGGGCUACUAAAAUAGUAUGAAGGAAAACGUCAGCAGCGCUUGCAGCACUUUGUACAUGUGCUAUACAUUGAAAGUUUAAAAACAAACCAAAUCUCUCUCUCAAAAAAAGGUGUUUUGUCAGUACGUAAUGAAACUACAAGUAUUAAACCUUACCUAGGAUUUUACUGGAAGUAAAAUGAAACUUCUGAAAAUAAUAUUGGUUUUGCUACUGUUUAUUUUUCUGUUUUCUGAUUGAUGCUUCUGUAUCAAUAUUUUGUUCUGCUAUUUCUGUUCUAGUGUUACGGUAUAACAUUGCUGUCUACUGCAGUUUCAUAUAAUUAGUAUGUCGAGUAUGUUACUGGAUUUAUUACCCUCUUAUAUUAAGGGUUUGUAAACAGCUAACUUGACAGUUGAUGUAGACCAUUGUACUGUAAUAGUGUUUUGCAAAUGCACAGUACAGUGAUUCUCUUGUUCUGAUAUGUAGCCAUUAUUUUUUCUAGGCAGUUUUCCAAUCAGAAGUGACUUGUUCAAGACAGUUGCACAUCUAUCACCAAUUUUCCCUGUUUUCCUCUUCCUUUGUUACUCUGUAUUUAGACGUUUUGGCAGCAGAUUAACUUCUUGAAAGGGGCACAUUCAACUCUAAAAAGUUUUGGGUAUACUAUACAAGUAAUAUUUAAAAUGGCUAAAAUAAAAAGCAAAAAAACCCCA